CGGCGGUGGGAGGGGCGCCGCGGCGGGCGGGGCGCAGCGCUGGGCCGUGCUGCGCCGUGCCGGGCCCGCCCGCGCCGCCGUCGCCGCCGCCCGCUCGCGGUGCCGGUGGGAGGGAGUCUGGGACGUUUAUCAAAUGCCAUCUGCCUCUUCCGUGCUCAGGAGUUCACAAGGAAAUCGCCAGAGGAGAAUGAGCCUGGGGAAGGUGGAUGAUGAGUGACUUGGGUCUGCACUGGCGCAGGCUGGCUGUAAUGGCAAGAGUGAAAAACGACUGUUCUUCCCCGCUGUCACCCAGCCUGCUCACAAAUGGCAGCCAGAAGGCUUUGUGCAGGGAGCACGAGUGGGCUGAGAGCUGGGACAUGCUGGGCCGUGGCUGGCACAGGAACGCUCAUUUUUUCUCUGCUGGAAAUGGGAGGUUCAGCUCUGGUGUUUCCUCCUGUUUACCAGGAAGGGGACAAGCUGCCUUAUCUUACUUGCAGCCUCUUGUUUGCUGACUGUUGACUGGAGAGUUUGCUGGAUGGUCUGUUUGUUGCAGGAGAAGAGAGGUCCGUGCUCAGGAGGGGCUGUGAAGAAGACAAGUUUCCAGUUACUUUUGCCACUGCAGUCUCUGCAAAGCUCCUGUAUUACUCAGUGUUCCUGGGUCCACCUCCUCCGUCCCAAGAUGCUGAGAGCAGUCCUGUGUACAGUGUUGUUCAUGGGAGCCUUGCCAUCACUGGCUGAGGCGUCCCAGGGCCAUGUCUCUGUGGUCUUGCUGGGAGCCACAGGGGAUUUGGCCAAGAAGUACUUGUGGCAGGGUCUAUUCCAGCUCUACCUGGACCAAGUGAGCAGCGGCCACAGCUUUACUUUCCAUGGGGCUGCCCUGAUGGCUCUGGAGCCGGGGCAGAGGCUGAUGUUCGACGUGCUGAAGAAGCUGUCUUGCCCCCAGGAUGAGUCUCCCAACAGGUGUGCUGUGCUCAAGGACCAGUUCCUGAAGCUGAGCCAGUACCACCAGCUGAAGACUGCUGAAAACUACACUGUGCUCAACAGAGAGAUUGAGAUGCUUCUUCACCAGGAGGGGCUGAAGGAGGCUGGAAGAAUUUUCUACUUCUCAGUACCACCAUUUGCCUACACAGAGAUUGCCCGCCACAUUAACAGCAGCUGCAGGCCGCCUCCGGGAGCCUGGCUGCGCGUGGUGCUGGAGAAACCCUUUGGCCAUGAUCUGGAGUCAGCCCAGCAGCUGGCUACAGAGCUGACAAACUUCUUCAAGGAAGAGGAGAUGUACCGGGUGGACCACUACCUUGGCAAACAGGCUGUAGCCCAUAUCCUGCCUUUUCGAGAGCAGAACCGACGGUUUCUGGAUCCAAUUUGGAACCGGCAUCAUGUGGAAAGAGUGGAGAUUGUUUUGAAAGAGACUGUGGAUGCUAAAGGCCGCACCACCUUCUACGAGCAGUAUGGCGUCAUCCGGGACGUGCUGCAGAACCACCUCACCGAGGCCCUGAUGUACCUGACCAUGGAGCUCCCAGCCAACCUGAGCAGCGCUGAAGAGGUUCUGCAACGCAAGCUGCAGGCCUUCCAGUCCCUGCGGGGCCUGGAGAAAACCAGUGUGGUAGUGGGUCAGUAUCAGGCCUAUGCCAGCCAAGUGCAAGAGGAACUGCAGAAGGCACAGGAUUACAUCACCACAACACCAACCUUUGCAGGUGUGCUGAUUCACAGCGACAGCCUGCGUUGGGAAGGGGUCCCUUUCCUCCUCACUUCUGGGAAGGCUCUAGACGAGCGGGUAGGUUACGUCCGUGUUCUCUUCAAGAACCGAGCCUACUGCACUCAGAGCGAGACUCUGAGGGAUGCAGGCUAUAGCCAGUGUAAAGCCAAGCAGAUCAUCUUCUACAUUGGGCAUGGCACACUCAACACUCCUGCGGUGCUUGUGAGCCGGAAUCUUUUCAAGCCCAUCAUGCCAGAAAGCAGCUGGAAAGAAGCAGCGGUUCAGCCAGACCUGCACAUUUUUGGACAAGCACUGUCUGAUUACUAUGUGUACAACCCUGUGAAAGAGAGAGAUGCGUAUUCUUUCCUCAUCUCCAGCAUCUACCAUGGCAGAAAGGACUUCUUCAUCACCACCGAGAACCUGCUGGCGUCCUGGAAGUUCUGGACACCGCUGCUGGACAGCAUAUCCCACCAGCCACCGCGUCUCUACCCUGGUGGCGUGGAGAACCAGCACCUCUUAGACUUUGAAAUGGUUGGGGGAGAGCUGGCAUUUGCACUGGCAGAGCCAGUAGAACUGCUGCACCCCGACAGGCCAACACCGAGCGAUUACAAAACGAUCCAGUCCAAAUUUCGGCAGAGCCCCCUGGUCUCAAUGUGGUCUGAGGAGCUGAUUUCCCAGCUGGCUUCUGACAUCGAGAGGGCAGCCAGCAGAGCUGUGGCACACUCUGGGCAGUUCCACCUGGCCCUCUCGGGAGGCUCAAGCCCGGUGGUCCUGUUCCAGCGGUUGGCAAGGCACCAUUACGCUUUCCCAUGGAGGCACACCCACAUCUGGCUGGUGGACGAACGCUGCAUCCCGCUCACUGAUCCCGAGUCCAAUUUCUUCAGCUUGCACAACCACCUCCUCCAGAGCAUCAGGGUGCCCUACUUCAACGUCCACCCCAUGCCCGUGCACCUGAACCAGCGGCUCUGUGUGGAAGAGGACAGAGGCACGGAGAUGUAUGCCAAGGAGAUCACAGCCCUGGUGGCCAAUGCCAGCUUUGACCUGGUGCUGCUGGGGAUGGGCACCGAUGGGCACACUGCCUCACUCUUCCCCCACUCUGAAAAUGGCUUGGAAGGGGCCCAGACUGUGGUGCUAACAGAAAGCCCUGUCAAACCUCACCAGAGAAUGAGCCUCAGCCUACCCCUCAUCAACAGGGCCAGGAAGGUGUUUGUCCUGGUUUUGGGGAAGGGCAAGCAUAACAUCACCAGCCUGAUCAGCAGAGUGGGCCACGAGCCGAGGAAAUGGCCUAUCUCAGGUGUCAGCCCCAGCUCUGGCCGGCUGGUGUGGUAUGUGGAUUAUGAAGCUCUGCUUGGGUGAAGUCUCCCUGGUGUCCCUCCUCCCUUGUCUGCCUGGCUCUCAGAGCCUGGAUUUUCCAGCACAGCAUCCCUGUUCUUCUGUGGCCAGCAGCAGCUCCGUCUCUGACAGACUCUUCUAACCUGGGAAAUCCGGGGCCUGCGGUGCCGCUGACAUUUGAGCCCAGAAAGGAGCUCAGCUCAGCAUUCAGAGCCAAAUAGGAGCCAAGAGCUCAGUGCGGCAUUUCUGGCUCUGCUGGUGACUCUCACUGUGACUCUGGACAAAUUACCUCACCUUGAAGUGCCUCAGUUUCCCUGUCCGGGCUUUGUGGUUCUAACAUUGAGCUACCUCACAGGCACAAUGGGAGAGUUGUUAAAUUAAGUGCCUGCCAAUUCUUUUUUUUUUUUUUUUUUUUAGAUUCUCAGGUUAGAAGACAGUGAUAUCACUGUCCAUCCUCUGAUGUGCUCAGUCUGCCUGGGGCCGAGUUGUUCCCGCAGUAAAAUCAGAGUUCUGCACACCGGGGUCCGUAGCCUUGUCUGUGCAGCCCUCCUUGGUGUCAGGCAGCCACUGGCCACGGCUGUGCUCUCCCGGAAGCAUAGGCGCCCACUCACUUUUGUGGCAUGUGGCCCCUAGAUACCGAUGCUGAUUUGUGAGCUCACUGCAGUCCUGAGUCUUUAUAAAUUGCCCAGCAGCAGAGGCUAGAUUUAUCAGCAGCAGUUUGCUGCUUUCCAUAAGUGGUUAGCUGGUGCCAUGGGGGAUGGAGAGGGAAACCACGUUGCUUUUUAGGCUUUUAGAAUAACGGCGACAGGGUGAGCAGUACGGCAGUUCACAGAGCUGUCGCGUGCCUCAGCACAGUCAUUGCUGAGGAAAAAGCUUGGUGUUUGGAGGAGGUGUUGGGUUUAGCUAACAGAGGAAUGGUGUUUUCCUUAACUGUCAUCUUGUCAUGUUUUCUGGACCACUUUUUCUCUGUCCUCAGAGCUGAAUCUUGCAGUGCCAUUUACUGGCUUGUAACAUAUCUGUGGGAGGCAGCUUUGUAACAUAUCCAUGUAUCCCUCAUUAGAGCACGCAUUAAGGUAGUUACGGUGUUUGGGAACGGUGGUGAUGGGAUUUGAGGUCAAGGACACUGUCUUGUACGGGGAGGGAGUUUUCCCUUCCCUACACGUCCCUGGGGCACACAGAACUAGUCUGUUGCAUCUUGGUCUAGAUAGGGCAACGUGAGAGGUUUUGAAAUGUGUGGUGCUCACGGGGAGGAGGGUUGGAGACCUCCGGUCCUGCUGAGAGGCCCCGCUCUCCCCCUGCUAAUUUUGGUGUUUCCCAGAAUGCUGUCACACAUGGGCUGUUUGCUUUGGUGACACCCCAAAGGCUCUGUGACCCUCUCUAGCGGGCACUUUACCGCCGCAUGCCAAGGUGCCGCUUUCGGUACGGAAAUCGAGCCAGCGCGGAUCAGGAGCGGCUAAAGCGGAGGCUGCGGACAGGCACUCUCGCCCGGGGAGGCUCCGGGAAGGGCCGGGUCCACGGCAGGAAGCUGGAGCGUGGACGCGGUGCCGGCUCGCGGCAGAGGGAGGGGAGUCCGCCCUCAGGGGCCCUCGUGCCGCCCUUCCGCGCCCGCCGGCCGUGCUCCCGCCGAGGCGCCGCCGGGGCGGAUGUGGCGCGGCGCGGGGUGACGCCGGCACGGAGGGCCCGCCAGGGGGCGCCCUGCGGCUCUUCCGGCCCGCCGCUGCGGGGCUGGGACGGGCGCGGGCGGGGGGUGUGGCGACUCCUCGCGGGCCUGAAAGGCUGCGGGUAGGGGAGGGAGGGAGGGAGGAGCUGCUUCGGGCAGCCGGGAGAGAGGUGCCGGCCUCAAGGCCUUCCCUCUGCGGGGGCUGCUGAGGCUGCGUGCGGCAGGAAAAGGCCAAAGCCUCGGGACUGGCUGUGGUUUGGGGGGUUCCCCCCCCCCCCCCCCCCCGCCCCAAGCGGCCGGGAAAAAGAAAAGCUGCAUUUUACCUGCUGCCUUUGACCAGGCUGAGGUGAACUGCACUGAUGCACAUCGCCUGGCUUUCACGGGGGAAAGCAGGGAAGUCGCGGUGGUGUAGCUUUCUCGAAAGCUCAGGUGCCCAGCAGAAACGCAUGCCUCGGCUGGUCUUACCUGCUGACUGGUUGUCCGGGUUUGAUGCACAAGCAUCAGAGAGUGAAAACAAAUCACGGGGAGGAGAACAUCACGGAGAAGUGGGCAGGAGGGUGAGCACGGCGGGUUCCUUGGUGCGGUCAGCCGAGUAUGAUGGCAGCGGAGUCUGGAGUGGCAGCGUCGGCCUGAGGAGCCGACUGGCAGCAGCUCUCCGGAAUAACCCUUCCGCUCGUAGGCGCGUGCGAGCAAACGCCGCUUCCGAAGCACUCCGCGUGGCUGAAACAGCUGUGCGGAGAAAGGUGCUUUAGGUCUGGUAUGUCCAUAAAUUCAAACAUCAUUUUUCUUCUUUAAACAAAAAUAACCAUAUUAACUACAUUCCAGUUCUUUUGCAUUUGGUGUGAGGGAACGAGUUUUAAGGAAAAAUAAACCUACGUGAGAAUAAACAUAUCGUAACGAUUGACAAAGUUUAUUUCCACUUUACAAAUGACUGCGGCAGUGGCAUUUUCUUGUUUCUGCACACUGAUUUUUUAGUAUUUGGUUGGCACUUUUUGAAAUAACCAGUGAUUUUAGAGAGGUUUGGUUAUACUUUUAAACAGGCAUGGUGGUUUUCUUCUUCCAGCUGUUUUUUUUCAGCUGAAAAUAGGGUUCAUUUGGGAGAUCUCUAGUGAGUCACCCCAAAAUUGCCCUACAUUUUAUAAAAAUCCAGCAAAAACUUGUACAUGUGUUCUCUUCAGUGAACAUAUCUGUCUGGGGUGGGGGUUUUUUUAGAAGUGUAUAUUUUUUUUCCACAGACAUUCCUUUUAAACUCUUUAAUACUUAGCAUUUGCCACAUGAAAAAUAUUUUGAAAUAUAUAAAAUUUGUGACUUACAAAAGAUAGAUUGCGGAUGGGGAGAAGGGUGAAACUACAACAAAUCUGAUGAAGAAGGAUGGUAGAAAUCCACUGGGCUUUAGGCCAAGGAAGCAGUGCUAUUUUUAUUUUGUAAAAGCUAUUAAUAGAAGGUGAAAGCACCUUGCUGAGAGCUUGUGUAUUAACCUUUCUUUGCAAACGCGAGUCCAUGGAAUAACGUCAUACACUCAGUUUCUCCCAUAACCAAUUACUGGUAUCAAUUCUAAUAGCUUUAAAGGACAAGCAGACUCUUCAUUGCAUUCCUAUAAAUCAGUGGUAUGAUUAUUUGUAUGGUUUACAGAAAUUGAACACUGGAAGUCAUUCAUUUCUCACUAACUUUUAUAAAUCAAGCUGUAAGAUCUUAUUUUCCCAUAAGUAAAUUUUUGUGAUUCCUUUCAUGUUUCGUGAUGAAUUGAGAAGUGUAUUUAUAAAAAAUAAAUAUUUUUCUAACAGUC